ACUGUUACUGAUUACCCGAUUACCUGAUCCUGAUUAGUGAUUACUAGAAACUAGGCACAAGACAAGUCAUUCGUUUGUUUGCCUCUUACUAAAAAUUAUUUUCCGACUGUGCUCGCCUUUGCACUUCGGCCUCCUCCUAAUCCGAGAAGAUUUACAUAUAAUAGUCGUAGUAUUCAAAAUCUGCCCAUUCCCACUGUUGUUUCUUUUUCAAAAUUUGUGCUUUAGAAAGGAAAAGUCAACAUUGUUACAUACUUUACGAUAAGUACUAUUCAGCUUUUCUUAUCAAUCUCAUCUUUCAAUUAUGAUUCGUGCAUAGUCUAGGUGUUAUAUAUAGGUGUAAUUCUUUGCAAAAGCCUACAAAAUGUUGGUUUUAGUGAUAGGGGACUUACACAUUCCUCAUCGUUGCAGCAGUCUGCCUAGUAAAUUCAAGAAGCUAUUAGUCCCAGGAAGAAUCCAGCAUAUUUUAUGUACUGGCAAUCUAUGCACCAAAGAGUCUUAUGAUUAUCUUAAAACGCUAGCCAGUGAUGUCCACGUUGUUCGAGGGGAUUUUGAUGAGAACUUCAAUUACCCUGAGCAAAAAAUAGUUACUGUCGGCCAGUUCCGAAUAGGCCUAUGUCACGGACACGGCACUGUUCCAUGGGGUGAUCCUGAAUCCUUAGCUUUGACUCAACGACAGCUAGAUGUAGAUAUUCUCAUUUCCGGCCAUACGCACAAAUACGAAGCAUACGAGCAUGAAAAUAAAUUCUACAUCAAUCCUGGAUCUGCCACUGGUGCUUAUCAUCCUUUAGAAACGAAUGUAAUACCAUCGUUCGUUCUGAUGGACAUACACAGCACGACAGUCAUAACGUAUGUCUACCAACUAGUUGGGGAUGAGGUGAAGGUGGAAAAAAUUGAGUACAGGAAAGGAUAACCUAAUCUUCUGUUAACAAGUGUUCGUAAAUACUGGUCAAUUGCUGUCUCCCCUGUAAUAAGCUCUAUUAUAUUUUCAUUUCAUAUGUUACUGCAUGAAUACACCCUUCAGGGUGUUGUCAUUUUUUGUGAUGAUUAUUUUUUAUAUGUAUUCUGCUUAAUGUUUUUAAAACUGCAGAACCUUCAGCCGGACUGAUGAUUGUGGAUAGUAAUUUGUUUAAGCAAGCUUUGGCUCCUCUAAAGUAAAAAAUUACACCUUUCCAGAAUUAAAACCAAUCUGCUCCGUUCUCCUCAGCUCAAGAUUCUACGAUUAAGAGGCCAUAAAAGUUGAAUUUUCUAAAAAAAUUUCUGCUACCUCUUAAACCUGUUUUGAUUCACAGGAAAAAUAUCCCUUUAAAUUUUCACCAAGAUUAAAUAGUCUUAAUUUGUGCUCAGAACUAUUUCAAGUUUGGCGCAGUAGCAGAAAUGAGAAGACAACAAAGAAGUCACAUUGAACUCCUAAAGUAAAAGUAAAGUGAGUCUUUAAAAUGGGAUGGAAUGGUCCCUGCCUAUAUUGGGCCAGAGCUCCAACUCUCAUUCUUCUGCAGGAGUAAUCAGUUUUUAGGCAAAUUGGAUUUUCUUGUGAAAAGUGUAUUUUUCAAGAGACAAUCCUAUCUCUAGGAAACAUUAUUAGUGAACAAAAUUUGGAAAAAAAUGGAUGCCAGUUUUGUAGUAUGAGCAUUAGGAAACAAUACUUUGCACAUUUUGAUGGCCAAUUUUAAAGAGGGAACUUGUUCAUUCGGUAUUGCUAAGAUUGUGAAACUUAGCUGGUCUUUUUCUACGGAAAAAGUGCUCUAAACUUUGCACAAAACACUUGAAAAAAUUAGAAAAUGUUAGUUUACUAUUUGACAUUCUUUGUAAUUUAUUAAAAAGUUACAAAAGAAAAAUCUUGAUAGUGAACGCAUUGGAUUAACGGAGGGAAACCUCACUAUCUUUUGCACAGUAUAAUCUUCAAUCUUAGCAAAGUCAAAUGCAUCUGUACUCCCUUUUAAACUAGCCACCCACAUAAGGAUGAAUGUGUGAGUCACUCUCCAAGUCUGUCUUCCAGCACAAUUCCUUUUAAUGGAUAGCAAAACCAUAAUAGGCCUGUCCUACGCAGAAACUAGAGUUCUCAAACUGGCACCAAUAUUUUUAUAUUUCUGCCACUUCUGUGCAACAUUCCCUGAAAAUCUCAAGAUCUGAUCUACGAUGUGUCGGAAACGCAUUGGUUGCCUUCAAAAAUUGUCAGGCUGACGAUUUUUAAUAGGCAACAGUCAACAAUUCCAUCAAUGAGUCUCUUCAAAGCCUCUAGUUUGUGUGUGAGACGGGCAUUACAGGAUCCAUAAUCCAUGCGUCCACCUAUUCUGUGCCAGAAAA